GGCGAAGUAUUUAUUCCUGGAAUACAAUCAGCUCGUCUCUUUGUUUCGGCGCCGUGCUGACUCCUGUUUAGGGCGGGGAAACGCUCCGCGAAGACUCUUCACACUCAGGACCAGUAUCGUGCCGUAAGCCUGCGACAAGUCGGCGCAGAACGAAGUGUCGAGGUGCUGCAGGCUUGCGGACGCGCCAUCGCCAGGAAUCUUCCGCGCGUUCUGUGAGAGAGAAGACAAGAUGGGUCACGCAGCGGUCUGGAACUCUCACCCGAAGAAGUAUGGGCCCGGCUCGCGUACAUGCCGCGUGUGCGGUAAUGGCCACGGGCUCAUCAGGAAGUACGGCAUAAAUACGUGCCGUCAGUGCUUCAGGACUUACGCAAAGGACAUCGGCUUCGUGAAGUACCGAUGAGCGAUCGCUCGAGGAAAAGAUGUGAGAGAUGGGAGGUGGUUGGACUGGUCCCCCGAGGUGCGGCGUAUCUGUGACGUCCAGUUGGAGGAGACAAAUGUUUUGGAUUUUCUUGCACCCAAGGCUUAACGUCGACGUCGCAACAUGUAUUCGGUUCGGGUCGUAGUUUAUAUCUGUGAAGAUGCGGAUCUUCUACGGUGAAUCGCUGGUUGGGGGGGAGGGGGUGAGUUUUCUUAGCCUCGUUCCUUUCAGGAGGUUCUUCUCUGCAUGAAGCACGGUUGGAUGGAAAAUCUGAUGGGUGUUUUUUUUCUCUUUUGGUCGUUUUUGGGAUGUGGCCUCCGUCGGAUAGACGGGAAAGGGUGAGUGGGGGGUGUUGGCCGGCCGUUUAACAGGCUUUGAACUUUUUUGAACUUCGAGUUUUCACGACUUCUUUUGCUUCGAAACUUCUUUGAGAGGAUUUUUUUCCUGCUUCUAUCAUCCGUCUCGAGUGGGGGGGGGGGGUAAUGUCGGUGUUGUAUGCGUGUGUGUGUGUGUCAUGAUCACCAAAUCUACCAAAUGUGUUCUCGCGCUCUUCGAUCGAGUGUGCAACGACGUCAGGUCAGUCUUGGGGAGUGUAGUGACGUCUCUGUGUGCUCGAUAACGCUUUCGUCUGUGUGUGCUUGUGUCGGCUUUGCUAAGGCUGUUGAUGAUGUUGUCGUGAUCUUCUGGGAUAGGAAGAGUGAUCUUUGCUGUAAUUGCUGUACUGAUGUAUGUGUGAAGCGUGCGUACGAUCUGGAUCAGGAGGUAGUGAGUAGGUGCGAGAGUGAGUCGAAGGAUGUACACUCCCACCGUGUGAAUAUAUAUACCCUUAUGAAUGGUGGGUGUGAGAGUGGACCUGGACUGCGAGUAAAGAAAAACAGAGAAUGGUAAUCACAGAGAUCGCGCGACGAAUGGGAAUUUGAUGCAUAGAAAAAAGUGUGGUAUUCAAAUGAAAUUAAAAGGUGGCGGGGGAAAAGGUGGCGGCGGCGAGGGGGAGAGGGAUAGAGUAAGGGCGUGGUCGCACCGAUCAGCAUUUGACAUGUAUUUGGACCUGCUUGACAUUUCGAAUGUCUUGGGACGCAGAGCUCAGCAGAUGCUGGAGAUUAUCUGGGAGUUGGAGGUGGGGCCGGCACCAGAGCUGGACGCGUUGAUUGACUGGCGCCAGGUGGAUGAUCUGCUCAACGACUGCUAUACGCUGCUUGAUGAGGGAGGGAACCUGUCUCCAGGGGAGCAGUGGCUGAGGCUCUUCCAGCCCUAAUGGGAAGAGGCGUGUGUAUUACUGUUGUAACCAUUGCUAUAAUUGAAGCCUUGGGCACUGGGCCCUUUUUUUUUUUUUAACAAAAAGAAAAGACAUAG